CUUCCAGAGCAGGCAUGGAGACCAGCAACCAUACUGACAAUAAUUCAUCCCUCUACUGUGACUAUGUUGAAUGGAGUUCAUCAAAGAUCCUCAUUCCUAUAAUUUAUGUGCUGGUUUUCUUACUAGGCACCGCUGGCAAUGGUCUGGUGCUAUGGACCAUAUUCUGGGGAGGCCAGGAGAAACGACGAUCAGCAGAUACAUUCAUUGCCAACCUGGCAGUGGCUGACCUAACCUUUGUGGUUACCUUGCCGCUCUGGGCCUCCUAUGUCAUCCUGGACUACCAUUGGGUCUUUGGCUCCUUUGCCUGCAAACUCAGCAGCUACCUGGUUUUCGUCAACAUGUAUGCCAGUGUCUUCUGCCUCACGGGGCUCAGCUUUGACCGCUACUUGGCCAUUGUCCGGCCCAUUGCUAAUGCCAAACUCAGGUCAAAAGCUAGUGGGCUUUUAGUUACCAUUACUCUCUGGGCCUUGGCUGCUCUUCUGGCCUUGCCAGCCAUGAUAUUCCGGAGCGCAGGAGCACUCAGCGGGGAGAACAAAGUGACCUGCUUCAUGGAUUACUCAGGUGUGGCAUCCAAUGAGACAGAGGCAGCCUGGGAGGCAGGGCUAGGUUUGUCCUCCACCUUAAUGGGCUUCGUGGUGCCGUUUGCCAUUAUGCUGACCUGCUACUUCUUUAUUGCCCGGACCAUUGCUAGCCACUUCCGAAAGGAGCGCUGCGAAGGACUGAGGAAGAGGAAGCGUCUGCUGACAAUUAUCAUUAUCUUGGUGGCCACCUUUGCGGGAUGUUGGCUACCUUAUCAUCUGGUGAAAACCAUCUAUAUGCUGAUGGAUUGGGAAGUGAUGCCCUUGUCUUGCGAGGUCCAUGCCUUCCUUAGCAAUCUUCACCCUUACUGCACUGGCUUGGCCUAUGUUAACAGUUGCCUCAACCCUUUCCUCUAUGCCUUCUUUGACCCCCGCUUCCGACAGGCUUGUGCUGCUGUCCUCUGUAGCUCUUCGGGGCAUUUGGUAGGGGCUGCUGGGGACAAGUCAGCCAGCUAUUCUUCUGGCCAUAGCCAGAACCAUCCAGGAAAAGUUGAGGAGCCACAAAGGGAGAAGCAGAGCCCAGACAGUCAAGAGACUCUGCUCCAAGGAUAA